GAGCCAAUUAACAAGUUUCAUGUUUUUUGAAUUACGUGCGUGUCAAGACGCCGGCUUAUUGUUUGUAGAGUAAUUUAUUUAUUUAUUUUUUCGUGUUUUAUUGAAAACAGCGAGUAUUACGAACUAGUCGCUAACUUGUGAAUGUUCUUAGUUUUAGUGUGUAUAAAGAAGGCAUAAAAAAUGGACGAGUCUGAAGUUAUUCAGAAACUCCGGUCUCAGCUCAAGGAAGCUGAAGAGGAACGUAAACGAGCUGCUGAACAUGGAUUGCAGCUACUGAACAGUCACAAUGAACUGGAGAAUCACUUGGAUGAAAUGCGGGCAGAACUUACAAACAAUAUUGAGAAAUUGGAGCAAGAUAAAUAUUCACUGCAGAGAGAGGUGGAACUUAAAAAUCGAAUGCUAGACAGUUUAACAUCCGAAUAUGAGAACGUAAGACAGCAGCAGAAAUUUCAGCUUCAGCAAUUAGAAGAGCAGUUGCAAAGAAACCACUCGCGUGACCUCAAUGAAGAAAAAUUUAAGCUAGAAAAGCUUAGACAUGAACUGGAUGAAACACGAUUAAAUGCAAAACAGCUGAGUCACAAACUGGAGCAGCAGAGUGAGGCCUUAAGUGCGAAGACAGAGGAACUUCGGAUGAUGUCUGAGCGAGUUCACGAAUCCAUGUCCUCAGAAAUGCUGAGUCUUCAGAUUGAAAAAACUGAGCUUGAAUCUUCCAAGGCUGAAUUGGAAGAAAAGCUAUCUGAGCUAAUGUAUCGACAGGAGCAGUUGGAAUUGUCCAAUGUUAAGCUUGCACGCCAGUUGGCGAACAUGACUGAAGAAAAAGAAGAAAAAGAAAAGGAGGCAAUAUCUUUUCUUAAUGCUCUGCAGAAAGCCAGAGAAGCCAACCAGGAUCUUCAGAUUCAGCUGGACCAGGCAUUGCAACAGGCUCAGGACCCGAACAGUAAAGGAAAUUCUUUGUUUGCUGAGGUGGAAGAUCGUAGGGCAGAAAUGGAAAAGCAGCUGAUCAGCAUGAAAGUACAGUAUCAAUCCCUGCAAAAACAAUAUACUUUCUGCAGGCAGCAAAUGCACAGACUGAAGGUACAGAUUGCUACACUCUUGCAGAUGAAAGCUACACAGGGUGAUCAGGGGCAGUUGGAACGCUUGCAUUCCAUGCUGGAACAGAAGAACAGUGAAAUUCAAACCCUUACGAUAAAACUUAAGGAAAAGAUGGUCAAAGAAGCUAAGCUUCCACGAGAAAUAGCUGAUAACACAGAGCGGAAAGAUGGAUCUUAUUAUGAGGAGCUGCUGAAAAUGAAGCUGGAUGAAGCAGUAAAGAAGAUAGAUCAGCUUAAUGAUGAGCUGUCUGUGCAGCGUAUGAAGGCUUUAGCUGAAAGCCAGCGAGUAUUGGAAGUAGAACGGAAACUCUUUUCUUCUGGAAGACAAUUAGAACUAUGUCAGAGUGAAAAUAUACAGCUGCGAGUCAAACUUGAUGAAAUGAAACUUAAGUAUGAACCUAAUGAAAUGGGUAAAAGUCGAUGCCAGAAACGUAGAAGAGAAAAAUUUCCUGUGGAUAUUCCUUCUGCAGAGACAGAACUAACCAUAACUAAACUGAAUUCUUCAGAGCCUUCUGGACCAGAUCAAGCAGUGGAAAGAAAAACAAAAAUAUCUCUCGAGAAUUCUGCUGAAAACCAUGUUGUUCCUGCCUUUCCUGAAUCUUUAUCUCUACAGCAAACUUCAGGUUCUUCACUUCCAGCAAAAAAAGAGGAGUCUUUAACUGAACAGCCUGUUGAGAAAAAGCGUGUCAGGAUAAAAGAAGAAACCAAGGAUAUACCCGUCCUCACUGAAAGGAACCAAAGUAACAGCAAUGCACUUUCCAGUUGUUCCAGCAAACAGGCUCAUUCUUUGUGGCAGAUACCUGACUUUCUUCAACUGAAUCUAAGAUGUCAACAGAGAAGCCUUCAGACAUUAAGACUGGAGCAGUAAGAGCUGAACGGAAGGCUCGUGAGAAGUGUCCGAUCAUUUAUGUAUCAUCUGAGCCAGCUUCUGAUGUGCAAUGUGCUCAGCAGUGAUGAACCUUAAGUGGAUUACCUCAGAUGUGACACUUGGGAUAUGUUAUCAGAGUACUGUAGCUUAUUUUUAAUGUCUGCUGGUCAGCAUGAUGCCAUUGGCAUUCAUUUCAUUUAGUCCUAUAAAAUCUGAAGCCAUUCUACAUGAAACCUCCCAGAAGGUGCUUUAUCAGAUGGCAUUGUCUCUAGUCUUUAUUUUACAGCACAUUCCUUGUGGAAAAUUUAAUGCUAAUCUGUUUGACUACAGUAUUCCAUUCUGGAAAAACUGUUACAGUAGCUUUGUAUAACUCUAUUAAAGAUACUUGUGGAAGUCA